GCCGAACCACUUUACUACUGUGCUCGAAACGUCAAAACAUUCUCGUAACUUGUAUUAGCGUAUAAACCAAUUUUUGCAAAAAAUGGCAGAGAAGUACGGUAUAUCUGAAGAAGAGUAUAAGCUAAUUCAACAACAAGCUUCAAGACGAGCCGAGUUGAGGAGAGAGUUUUUAAAACAAAGAACUAAUCCUUGGAAACAUGCAGCUGAAGCUGGCUAUGUUUUUGAUCCAGCACUGCAAAAGUUUUUGUCGAUGAAAGCGACUUCUUUUCAACAGUUUAAACCAAACAGGUCGAACAGUUUGUUCGCAGUUUGCGCCAUAGUGCCAAUGUUUGUGUUUGGCUACUUUAUCUGGAACGACCGUACUACCCGGGAGCAGCAGAUCAGGAGUGGUGAACUCCGUUACAAGGACAGAAUGUUUAAGCUUGCUUAAACUGUUAGAAUAUUAAAUACAAUUAUUAUUAGUAAAAUGUUGUAAAUAAUCUAUUUAUUUUUUUCCUGUUUUAAUGCUGGCCUCUUAAACAAUCAUUUUUAUGUCAAG